AUGGGUGAUCAAGGAUUCCUGAAACAGAAACCAGGUUUUUCCACUUUAGCAAUCCAUGCUGGCCAGAGCCCUGAUAAAUGGAGACAUGCUAGUGUAGUGACUCCCAUUGUAACAUCAACCACAUUCAAACAACCAGCCCCCGCAGAACACACGGGCUAUGAAUAUGGUAGAUCUGGGAAUCCUACGAGGAACACUUUGGAGGAAUGUUUGGCUGCCCUUGACGGAGGCAAGCACGGCUUCACCUUUGCAUCAGGCCUCGGUGCAACAACUACGAUAUUUUCGCUCCUGAAACAGGGUGAUGAAAUCAUAUGCUGUGAUGAUGUGUAUGGAGGAACAAAUAGACUAUUUAGGAGAGUAGCCGCGCCGUUUGGUAUAGAAAUAAAUUUUAUAGAUUUCUCAGAUCUGGAUUUGUUAGAUAGAUCAAUAAAUGGUAAAACAAAGUUAGUAUGGAUGGAAACGCCAACGAAUCCUAUGCUGAAAGUGUUGGAUAUAAAGGCUGUGGCCAAAAUAGUGAAAUCCCAUAGCGAUGAUAUAAUACUGGUUGUUGAUAAUACUUUCCUCACGCCAUACCUCCAAAGACCCUUGGACUUCGGCGCUGAUAUAGUAAUGUAUUCCGUCACGAAAUACAUGAACGGACACGCCGAUGUUAUUAUGGGAGCAGCCGUAGUCAACAACGAUGAUCUAGCCAGCAAGCUACGAUUCCUACAAAACUCAAUGGGCAUCGUUCCUUCGCCAAUGGACUGCUACUUGGUAAUACGUAGUCUGAAGACACUGGCAUUGAGAAUGGAACAUCACAAGAAGUCGUCUCUCAAGAUAGCGGAGUGGCUUCUCAAACAUCCGAAAGUCGUUGAAGUUAUGCAUCCAGGUCUUCCCUCCCACCCGCAACACGAGAUCGCCAGACGUCAAAGCACAGGUCACUCGGGAGUAUUCAGUUUCCGUCACUCCGGCGGGCUCCAGGAGUCUAGAAAGUUCUUCAGUGCCAUCAAAGUGUUCAUACUGGCUGAGAGUCUCGGCGGAUAUGAGAGCUUAGCUGAGCUGCCGUCUUUAAUGACUCAUGCAUCCGUCCCAGCUGAACAAAGGGAACAACUGGGAAUCUCCGAUUCAUUGAUAAGAUUAUCCGUUGGUCUGGAGGAAACCGAUGACCUCAUACAAGACCUGGAACAAGCGUUGGAUGCAGCAUUCAAAUAA